AUGCGAUUCCUUUGUUUCCACGGUAGAGGCACCACCAGCCAGAUUCUGGAGUCCCAGAUCGCGGCUCUUAGGCAUGAGCUCGACAACAGUGUCCACACCUACGACUUUGUCGAGGGAACCAUCCCCGCUCCUUUGGCCCCUGGUAUGUUUGUCGGCCAUUCUCCACAUUGGUUUACUUUCGGAAAACUGAUCUGCAAGCAAGAGCUUCGGGCCUUCUUCCCCGCCAGGCAAACCUACUUCGACUAUUUCUCCGUUGAAUCAGCGGAAAGCGUUCGCAAGGCCUUGGAAGAUUUGUCGAGCUUUGUAGAGGCAGAGGGUCCCUACGACGGUAUCAUGGCCUUUUCGAUGGGUGCUAGUUUGGCGGCCACCUACUUGAUCCAGCAAGCCAUACGCCACCCAGAAAAGCACCUGCCAUUCAAAUGCGCCGUAUUCCUGUCCGGUGCAAACCCGAUUGACCCCGUCGGGCUGGAGCACGACCAGGUUAGAUUACUGAACGCGGAGGGAGACGGUGAUCAACUCUUGGCGGGAUUUCCUACGGCACAUAUUUGGGGCCGUGCUGAUAUGGCAUACUGCCGAGGGAGCGAGGCGCUAUUUGCGCUGUGUGAUCCGAAAGAACGCACGGUGUUUCUCCAUGAGGAAGGCCAUGCCGUUCCAGCCGCAAGGGCUAAGGACGAACUGUUGGCAAGCGUCAGGGUAAUUCGCAGAACCAUUGGAAGGGCGGUGAUGGCGGCAUAA